AUGGAAAUAACAUUUCCUGAACUUGAAUUGGUACUUAAGGAGUUUGUUUUAAGCUAUCAACAUAGAGUUAUUCUUAGUGAUUAUAUUUUAAUUGAAAAGGCAAAAUUAUUAGCAACAGGAUUAGUAUCAUUAACAAAUGAAGUUUCUAUUGAAGAGGCACUUUCAUUAUUGCAAAAUAAAUGUGCAGAUUAUUCUCCUGAACAAAUUUAUAAUAUGGAUGAAACAG